UCUUCGUCCAAUACACGAUUGGUUGUUACCUUAUUUUCAUUCACUUGUUAAUCAUGUCUGCUUAUGGAGCUCUGGUUUCUCUUAUGAAUAUCAUAGAUACCCUCGAGAAACAUCCUUCCCCUCCCAUUUCUAUCAACGAAAAACAAGUUCAAACUCUCACUCAAAACAUUACCUUCUUGCAGGAGUUUCUUGAUGGCUAUAUUUCCCCUUUUGCUGAUAGCCACAAAGCGUAUCCAUUGGAGCGUCGCAUUGCUGAUGCAGUUUACGCGGCUGAGGAUGUUAUCGAAUCCCAUAUUGUGGAUCAAAUUCACAGUGGAUCCACAAUCGUUGCAGAUCAUGAAUUCUAUCACAAUCUACAGAAAGUGAUAGAAGAAAUGGAUUUGAUUAACAAAGAGGUGAAGAGCAUUGCAGUUGAAGCUCAGACCAAGCAGAAGCCCGUUGCUGCCUUGUCGGCAUCUUCUCCCACUGUGAAAGAAAACGUGAUCGUGGGCUCUGAAGAAGUGUUUUUUGAAGUUCUAGAUAAGCUCGCUGGAAAUCAACUCAACCUCCAAAUCAUCCCCAUCACAGGGAUGGGUGGCAUUGGUAAGACCACUCUUGCCAUGAAUCUAUUUGAGAAUGCACUUGUUAAGGAACGGUUUAAUAUUCGUGCUUGGACUACAAUUUCUCAAACUUAUAAUGUUAGAGAAACACUUAGAGAAGUUCUUUUUCGAGCAAGUGGACGAGAUUCAAGUAGUGAUUUGAGUGAGGAUAAAUUGGGACAAAAUUUAUACCAGUUUUUGUUCGGUAGGAGGUAUCUCAUAAUAAUGGAUGAUAUGUGGAGCAUAAAGGUGUGGGAGAAGAUAAAAUUUUUCUUUCCUGAUAACCAAAAUGGGAGUCGAAUAAUCGUAACAACUAGGCUGUCGGACUUGAGUUCUCAGUUGAACGAGUCUUGUAUAGUUGCCAUGAAAUUUCUAGAUAAGGCUAGUAGUUGGGAUUUAUUUUGUAAGACCGUGUUCGGGAAAGAAAGUUGUCCAAUUGAGUUGGAGAAGAUUGGAAAGAAUGUUGUAGCAAAUUGUAAAGGACUUCCUUUAUCAAUUGCUACAAUAGGAGGUCUUUUGGCAAAAUCUGAACGCACAAAAGAAUGUUGGGAGCGUAUAGAGCAAAAUUUAAAUUCAAUUGUUAUUAACAGUAAUGAUGGAUUUUGCUUGAAAAUAUUGUGGAUGAGUUAUAUCUUUCUGCCGAACUAUUUAAAGCCAUGUUUUUUGUAUAUGGGUGUUUUUAAGGAAGAUUACCGUAUUCGUGUGUCAAUGCUUGAGAAGUUAUGGGUUUCUGAAGGAUUUUUAAAACCAAGGAGUGGAAAAUGUUUGGAAACACUUGCACGAGAGUAUUUUAUGGAGUUGGUUGAUCGAAAUCUUGUUUUAGUUGAUGAAUUGGGGUCUACUGGAAACGUUAAGUUUUGUAAAAUUCAUGAUUUGUUGAGAGAUUUGUGUUUAAAAGAAGCUGAAAGGGGAAGAUUUUACCAUUUCAUAAGAGAUGGUCCUCCGGCCAUUUAUUAUUUCAUAACAGAUGGUCCACCAGCCAUUAGCGAACGUCGAGUCGUUCUUAAAACAGGAUGGUUGUUUGGAUCUUUGUCACAUACUCGUUCCAUAAUAUGUGAUUAUGACAAAAGAGCAAGUGAUGAUGAGAAAGUUCUGCCAUCUCGCGAUCUUAGAUUGUUGAGGACAUUCAGGGCAGAUGUUUCUAGGGGGCAUUUGUAUAAGAAUAAUGCUUAUUUCCUAGAAAAUGUGCUUGAAUUGGUGAACUCACGGUACCUUGCUAUUUGUGCUCAUAGUGAGUCCAGAUUCUCUAGUUCAAUUGAUCUCCUUUGGAAUCUGCAGACAUUGAUUAUUUAUUCAUCUUAUUUGAAAUAUUGUCAUGUACCAAAUGAAAUUUGGAAACUGCAUCAACUUCGGCAUCUUGAAUUUGUGGAGAACGAAUUGAUUCUCCCAAAUCCUCCUAGUGACGAUAGUGACAUUGUCAUUAUGGAGAAUCUGCAAACACUCAAAGGAGUUUUGGAUUUGUUAUUGAAUGAGGAGGUGGUUAAAAGAAUUCCCAAUGUGAAGAAAUUGCAUUUAACAUACUAUUCGGAUGAAAUGGAGGGUGAAAGCUGCCUGAGCUAUCUUCAAUGCUUCAGUAAAUUGGAAAACUUAUAUUGCUGCACCUUUAUGCAAACUGGUGACUUUUUGCUGAGGAUUAAUUUUCCCAACUCCAUCAAGAAAUUGGUUGUUGCAAACCUUUCUGGCACAAAGUCGGAAGACACAUUGCCUAAAAUAGGUUCGUUACCUCUUCUUGAGAAGCUCAUAUUAAGAAAUGGUGUCUUCAGAACCGGCAAAUGGGAAACAAUUGAAGGCCAGUUCCAGAAGCUCAAGUUUCUUAAGUUGUCGUAUUGUGAAGGUCUAGUAAAUUGGAUUGUGUCAGACAGCUCCCACUUUCCACUUCUCCACAAGCUUAGUCUCGAUCAUUUAUCCGAACUCGAGGAAAUCCCAUCUGAAGUUGGAGAAAUAGCAACGCUGAAAUCGAUUUCAUUGAUUAGGUGCAGUGAAGCAGCUGUGGCGUCAGCGAAAAAGAUAGUAGAAGAACGUGAGGAUCUAUAUGGAGAGCAAUUAGACCUUCGUGUGGAUCAUAUUUGGUAAACAUUAGACUGCAAAAGAGUGUUGUUUGCUUGCUCUCAUUGUGGAGCUGAGUGAGGCCGGAGCCACGAGGGACGGAGAAGAGGGAGAAUGGACUGAGAUUGGUGGCGCGGUGGAGGGAGUCGGCGGCGGCUGAGGGAGAUUCCAUCAUGCUCUCGUGAAAGCUCUUCAGAUGAAAGCUUCCAGUAGCGUUUGAGUCGUGACCGAAUGAUCCAGAACCUUACCUGCGAGAACACGAAGACGAUGUUGAAUUGAGUGCCACAUAUAUGCUUCAGAUAAUCAAUAACUUCAAUAUGCUGUUACAUUAGGACAAAAAUCAAGUUAAUUCAGAAUUGAUAUGCAGCCAAACAGGAGAAAAUUAUGCUGUAUAUUUAAGAAAACUAUGCUCAUCA